AUGGCAUCCGCGGCUGACAGCGGUCAUGCCCUCCCCAGCGCAUCCCUUCUCUGCGGAAGUUGUUCUCGUCCCGUUGUCAUAAUAGAAGAUGCGGGCCCUUCUCUUUGGAACGGCAUGGCUGAAGAAAAGGGAGAGCUCUUGAGCACAGAGAAGCACCAGCACCACUCCCAGCUGAAAGGGUCCUUGGAAUCCGCUUGUGGUGUGCGAAGGCAAGAGGCACAGGAAACGGAGUCGAGCUUAGGGGAAGCCUCCGUCGUUCUGUCGCCUGUCCUGGAGAGAUCCCCCGCACAGGCGCAUGCUGAGAGCCCCUCACCUAUAAACGGAGGCUCAGUAACUCCUAUAGCACGGCCACAAUGGGAUGCCACCAGCCAGGGUGGCCCCAGUGAGCCAGCGAGAGGGGCGGAUGAGUCUGGCGGAAAAGAGGAUGAUGCAAUUAUGCUGCAUCCCCUCUGCUCCAACUGCUUGGAUGCGGCGAUAGCAGAGCUGGCUCCAGAAAUUGCGCAUGAAAAGCGUCUCAUAAGGAAAUACGAUAGAGCUUUGCGACGUUUGGAACGCAGGCGUGAUAGUCAGGCCUCUUCAGCCACAACCGUGGAGGCACCUGCUGCCAAAGAUGCCGGUGCUUUCGAUAAAACUCCUUCGUCCGUGUGCACAGCGUCCUCAAAUGUCCAGCUACAGGUUCUUGAGGAGGAAGAGAAGCAACUGCUAAGCGAAAUAUCCUCCCUAGAGGCAGCUGUAGCGCAGAGAGAGAAUCAACAGCUGGCAGUAAUGGCGGAGAUUUCUGAGCUGUAUUUGUGGCAAUUGGAGUUCUGGUUACUCUUUUCGACCCAUUUGCUGCGGACUGUAAGACACGAAGAGCGGAAGCGUUCGAUGGAGAGGCUGUUUGCCUAUGUAAGCCAGGAACUGAAGCGGCUCAAGCGGUUCAACACUAUGAACGAAGCUUUCCAUAUAUGGACUUCUCAGUUUCUGCCCUCAAUAAACAACUGCCGCAUUGGGAGGAUCUCGUCUCCCUGCUGCCCCGCAUGGUCCGAAAUUAACACCGGCUGGGGCUACCUGACGCUCCUACUGGAUGCCUUCUACCGUAAAUGCCAGGUGCAGCCUUCAGGGUAUCGGAUCGUUCCCAGAGGCCAAUUCUCUUUCCUCUUACGGAAGAAGGAUAAUGCCAUGCUUCCCCUCCAUGGGGGCGGCGGGGAGGUCGGCCUGAGUCGUUUCUUCUAUAGCAACAAAAAGUUCGAUUCCGCGAUGACGGCUUACCUCGAAUGUGUCAAAGAGCUGUUUGACUGUCUGGUAAAAGCUGCUCAAGAAAGGUUGGAGCAGCGAACAGCUGCCUCCGCCUUGCUGCCCUUCCCUGAACUUCCGUACGAAAUAGAGGGAGACAAAGUAGGGGGCUUCAGCAUUAGGCUACAGCUAAAUCAGGACGAGAGAUGGACCAAGGCCCUCAAGCAUCUUCUCAUCGACAUGAAGUGGCUGCUCGAGUACAUUGAGCGUAGGUCUGCACGUCAGUUUUGCUUCUGUCCUUUAAGCUGA